AUGGCAGGAGCAUCAGUUAUUUCUGCCCCUGCUGCCAGCUUCUCUAUAUCUUCUCGCACCAAAUCUCCCUCUCUUUCUUUAUUCUCUCAAAGAAGAAACUCACUGGUUUCUGCCUUGCCUAAACGCUACAGUGAGUCUUCAACAAGUGUUGAAGCAAAGGGAAGCAAUCCACCCAUUAUGCCAGCAGUGAUGACUCCAGGAGGACCCUUGGAUUUGUCAUCUGUGUUAUUUAGGAAUCGCAUAAUCUUUAUUGGGCAGCCAAUCAAUUCGCAGGUGGCUCAACGAGUUAUUUCACAGCUUGUGACUCUAGCAACGAUCGACGAGAAAGCAGAUAUUCUGAUGUAUCUGAACUGUCCUGGUGGAAGCACUUACUCUGUUCUGGCAAUCUAUGAUUGCAUGUCUUGGAUAAAGCCUAAAGUUGGCACUGUAUGUUUUGGAGUAGCUGCAAGCCAGGGUGCACUUCUUCUUUCUGGUGGAGAGAAGGGAAUGCGGUAUGCAAUGCCUAAUGCACGUAUUAUGAUACAUCAACCGCAGGGUGGCUGUGGGGGUCAUGUGGAGGAUGUGAGGCGGCAAGUAAAUGAAGCAGUUCAAGCUCGUCAUAAAAUUGACCAAAUGUACGCUGCAUUUACUGGCCAACCCCUUGAGAAAGUACAACAAUACACUGAGAGAGAUCGUUUCUUGUCUACUUCGGAGGCAAUGGAGUUUGGGCUCAUUGAUGGCAUCCUGGAAACAGAAUAUUAA